CUCGGGCGGGCAGCAGCACCCCCGGGGAGGGCCGCGUCCCCGGGCCCUGACGGCCGGGCCCUGCCCAGCUCUCCACCAGGCUGCCCAAGACGUGGAAGCCGCAGCUCUUUAGGCGGCAGUUCUACAGCGAGAUCCUCGACGCUACGAUGACCAUCACCGUCACCAUGCGGACGCUGGACCUCAUCGACGAGGCCUACGGCUUUGACUUCUACAUCCUCAAGACUCCAAAAGCUGAUAUGUGCUCGAAGCUUGGGAUGGAUUUGAAGCGAACAAUGUUGCUGCGACUUGCACGGCGGGAUCCUAAACUGCAUCCUGAUGAUCCAGCCAGAAGAGAGGCCAUCUACAAUAAGUACCAGGAAUUUGCGAUCCCAGAAGAAGAAGCUGAGUGGGUUGGCUUGAGUUUACAAGAAGCAAUAGAAAAACAGAGGCUUCUAGAAAAAAAGGACCCUGUCCCACUCUUUAAGGUGUAUGCUGAAGAGCUCGUCAACCAACUGAAAGAACAGGAACUGCAGAAGCAGUAGAAGGAAAGAAACCUUUGGAGCAAAAGCCCUGCUGCAGAUCAGGCUAUGGGGUUCAGUGAGUCUUCUGUCUGAACCACGCUUGUGUGGAAGGGGAUGCAUGAAGAGCAUGCCCAGGAGCAUAUUGCAGUUAUUGAAAUCUAACAAAGCCUAAAUUCAGUGAGGAACCGUUCCUGUGGGUUGAGGGAAGAAUUUCUGGCCUGUGGCCUCAAAGUGUUCUUGUAAGACUGACUUCAUGUCGUUCUUCUGCCUGUACGAGUAGAGAGCUUGGUCAUGUUGUAAAAUGAACAUGCUUUCUGGGAAUGAAUAUCAGAAAAGCUUUCUCUGAUACUCAUUGCUCAUUAGUGUGUUACAGCAGGGCCUGUGAGACACAGUGAUGGUGUAACUUAGAUCAGUCCCCAGCCUUCUGCAGCAGAGGUGACUGUGCCCCCAGAGCGUGACCCCAGGCCCCCAGCAUCAGGCAGUGCCUGCCAGCACGUGGGGCUGAGCUCCCCAGCUGCAGUCACUGGCCCUACAGCUCACCCUGACCCCUUGGGUGGUUCCAGCACUGUUUCUGUUUGAAAUUGGUGACUUUGAAAUCUUUUUAGUAAAAAUGUAGUUGAAGUGGGUGUUGAGGCCUUUGCUCCUGUCUGGCAACAAGGGAGGCAUUUACGAUAAUUACAUGCUAACGCACGGUG